AUGGUUCAGCAAAUCCUGCCUUUCCUCUUCUGUCUUAUUACUUACUCGCCGUGCCCUGUUUUACAUUACUCUAACUCUUUGACAGACCGUCUCACAGCCUCACUGCUGAACAUGAAGACUCCGCUGGACCAAAGCGCGACCAACUUUCUGAUGGAGGCUUCUCUGCUUUACAAAGACACAUGCCCGGAGCUCUCUCGACACUUGCUGCAAGGCUCGGUACAAGACAUGGACACAACAAAAUUAAGUCCCUCCGUCUGUGGGUUCUGUUAUCAGUGGCUACAACCUGGCAACCACACAGUGAGAGUGCGUCCUAAGCAGAGGCCGUCAGCGCGAGUGCAGAGGGUAUUGCAAAGGCAGGCUCAAGGAAAACCUCUGACUUUGGUGCAAAAUGAUCUGCUGCAGCAGUUUUACAAGACCUCCUCUUCUCUGAUGGCCACCUGUCACACUUGCAAUAGGACGUCCAGACACAAAGGAAUGGGCAGAGAGUUCAUUAUGACAUUAUCAAGAACUCCCAGCACCCCAGGGAGCAGUGGAAAGCACAAGACACCCCAAACGGGGAGGAGAUCCAGCACAACUACCCCUAAGACUGGGGGGAAAGACAGAACUCCUGUUAACACACCAAGGGCUUCUAUCUCAUCUACAACUCCAAGCUCUGGAUCAACUUCCUCUAAAUCUCCAGCAAUGAAAGGAAAAAACUGGGCUGUGCAAUGUCUGAGCAAAAUACUAUUACGGGAAGAGAACCCAGGAAAAAAGAAAGGCGGAUUGAAGGAUUUCCUCUCCUCUCUUUGA